AUGGAUCGUGACAGAAGCUUGAUGGAAUACCUCGCAUAUGGCUAUUUAUACUAUGUCCAUGGUGCUGACACCUACAUUAGAUUCGACGAUUCUCGCCGCGGAGGUGAGAGCUACCGCCCGCUUGAACGCAAUUUUCGUCGCUCCCCUCGUCCUGAUAAUCGGUCAUUUCGCUCUCCACCUCGUAACCGCUCGCCGAUGAGAUCAUCUGCAGAUACAUGGGCACCUCCAAGCCGGCCUAGGCCACGAAGUCGUUCCCCAGGCAACUUCAGGCCACGGUCAAGGAGCCCCUUAUUCAGAGGUCGUGAGAGAGGCCCUAAUUUUGGGAACCGGCCUCGCUCUCCUUUCAGGAGGCCAUCUCCAAGUCGUGAUAGGCCUCCGAGGUUUAAUAGAAGAUCACGAUCACCUCCGCCGUUUGAUAGGAAUCGGAGUCCAAGUUUGAGGCGUGGCCGUGACCCUUCCCCUUCAGCCAUCAACGCACCUCGUGCACCAAAGAGAGAGCGAAAUAAUUCACCUCCGCGAAAUCGAUUUGAACGGCCACGGUCUCCACCCUUCAACGAGAUUACACAGCAGCGAGAUCCAAGGAUGAAUGGCCGUAGGCGGUCAAGAAGUGCUGAUAGACGAAGCUCCCGUGGGGAUCCAACAGGCGCGAGAGGGCCGCCGCCGCCGCCGCCGCCACGAUCACCAUCUAUCACGGAGCGCUCUGGUCCGAACUCUGCGCAUGGCUCCGCAGCAACAUCUCGGCGAUCCUCUCCUCCAGCUCCGGAACGAAUGAAUCGAAAUUACUCAACUCCGUCAGGGCAUGGCCCACCCUCUAUAUCACGACCGCAAUAUGAUAGCUCUCAUCCCUACACAAGUGCACCUCGUUUUUCCGAAGGAAAUAGGAGGCCCUCUAGCCGCCCCGCAUCACCCUCAAGACGGCCCUCGACCAAUCAUCAGCUACAAUCGCCUCGCUCAAACGAACCACAAAGACCCUUCGUCGAUAAUGAAUACGACCGUAAUCAGAAUCCCUCAGGGAGACCUUCAAUGGGCCCUCGCACUGAAAGCAAUCUAUCAAUCCAAUCCCAAAGUGCAAAUGCCCCUGAAGGAAGGUCCCCACCCCUUGGGCCUUCUGCGGCUUCAAGGUCGAUGCGACAGCCCGCGCGUGGAGGCCAUAUGGCUCUCCUAUCUGCUCCAACGCGGCCCAAGGGUGCAUCCGGAGCAGUUUUCAACAGAGAUGGACCUCCCACUGGGCCUCGUGAAGCUGGAAGACCCGGUCCUAACUCAGGUCCUAGCAUGGUACGACGUGGCAGUUCCCAUGCCCCAGCCGCCCAGCAUCACGCACAUCCUCCAUCCGGCCCUCGCGGUGCAGGAGGGAGUCCUGCCCCUGGCGUUGCUCAUGACUCUAGGCCACGGCCACCCUUCAGACAUGGGAGUGGAGUGUCGACAAAUUAUCCGCGUGCGCCUAGGCCUACUAAUCAUUUAGCCGGCCUCUCUUCUAUCAUUCCAGGAGGAAAGCUACUACCGUCAGGUUUAGAUUCCAUAACGGAGAAGCGAUUGGCCCAGCUAGAAGCGGAUAAAGAGAAACUUUUAGACCAAAUCUCUGAAAAACAGAGAGCAAAGCGGGCAUGCCUUCGUGAGUGGGAGAAACUAUGCAGAGAAAGCGAGACUGCUGCGUUAAGAACAGAUCUAGCAGACAGUCAUCUCCAGAGGAUGUCCGAAACUGAAGGCAUCGGAGGCGGUGUUGCCUUUUAA